CAGGUGGUGUUCUUUGGAGAAGACAUAUCCCUAUGCUCAUUUAAGACAUAUUCUCAACCUUUGCUUUCUUUCACACCUUUUACACAUACCAUCUCUCUCUUUCUGAAUAACUCAACUGCUGCUCUUUUCAGGUGUCCAUAAACGGACACUAGUUGUUAUUUUUAAUUUCCUAUUUAAGAGAUACAUACACAUAUACCCUUUCUUUGCUUUACCAUUCUCCAUUCUCCAUCUCCUUUCUCCUUCUUCCUACCCUCAGGAUGGAGCCCUUCAGUGGAGAGGAAUGUCACAGCAGUGAAUCUGGAUGGACCAUGUAUAUUGGGUCCCCUAUGGAUGAUGCUGGACACAGCGAUGAUGCUGACAACGACCACCAACUCAUUCAAACUGAUCCCCAGAAUGAUGAUGAUGAUGAUGACGACGACGACGACAACGAUGAAAGUGAUGAUGAUGAUGAUGAUGAUUCUAUGGCUUCCGAUGCGUCUUCUGGGCCAAGUCAUCUUGGGAUUAAUCAUGGUUUUCCGGAUUUCCAGCGAGAUGCUCAAGAGGAAUGUGAUGCAGACAAGUGUUGCUUAGAGAAGAAGGCAAAUAAAAGCCAACUCAAGCAAAUGGAAGGGAAAAAGGUGGAAAACAAAGGGAUGUUAUUCGUUGCUACCAAAGAUAAGUCUCCAGUUCAGGGCUGUGCCAAGGUGAAAAGAAACUUUGUGGGGAAAAGGAAAUAGACAUCUUAAUUUGUUGCUUAGCUUUUCUUUUUAACUAAAUAAUUUAUAGCUGCAAUUACUCAUUUGCAUUAACUACAGCUAGCAUGCAAGGAUUUAAGGGUAUUUCUAAACUUAUGUUGUUCAGAUAUGUACUAGUGUAUGUUCUGUUUUUAUGCACUUCUGAUAUUCCAAUUGCAUGAGAUUCCCCCAAGUUGCAGUGAAUUCAACAGUUUUUAUCGCAUUAUUUGUUUAGUUGAUUUAGUCCAAGGGCUAGGAAUCUUCUAUACUAAAGCUUUCCUACAAAACAAUGAC